AUCUCAGCUCCCCCUCCAUUUCUCCUCAGUACUAGGAGCGGCGUAGAGAGAGAGAGAAUUAGAGUAGUGGUAACAAUGGCGACUACGACGAGGUGCCCUCGCCGUGGCGGCGCCGCCUCCGCCGCGUCGGUGGUGGCGGUGGCGCUCGCGAUCGCCACCGUAGCCGCCGCCGAGGUCUACUUUGAGGAGCGAUUCGGAGAUGGGUGGGAGAAUCGGUGGGUUAAAUCUGAUUGGAAGAAAGAUGAGAACCUGGCCGGUGAAUGGAACUAUACAUCUGGCAAAUGGAACGGGGAUCCUGAGGAUAAAGGCAUCCAGACCUCCGAAGAUUAUAGGUUCUAUGCCAUUUCUGCGGAGUUCCCUGAGUUUACUAACAAGGAUAAGACCUUAGUUCUGCAGUUUUCUGUGAAACAUGAGCAGAAAUUAGACUGUGGAGGUGGCUAUGUGAAGCUGCUUAGCGGUGAAGUUGAUCAAAAGAAGUUUGGCGGUGACACUCCUUAUAGUAUCAUGUUUGGACCUGAUAUUUGUGGGUACAGCACCAAAAAGGUCCAUGCCAUUCUUUCUCGUGAUGGGAAGAACCAUUUGAUUAAAAAGGAAGUGCCGUGUGAGACCGAUCAACUAACUCAUGUCUAUACAUUCAUUAUCCGCCCUGAUGCCACUUACAGCAUUCUUAUUGAUAACGACGAGAAGAAAUCAGGAAGCAUCUAUGAUGAUUGGGAUAUCCUUCCUCCGAAGAAAAUAAAGGACCCGGAAGCCAAGAAACCUGAAGAUUGGGAUGACAAGGAGUACAUUCCUGAUCCUGAGGAUAAGAAGCCUGAGGGUUAUGAUGACAUUCCCAAAGAAAUUCCCGAUCCUGAUGCUAAGAAGCCUGAGGAUUGGGACGAUGAAGAGGAUGGUGAAUGGACGGCACCGACUAUUCCAAACUCCGAAUACAAGGGGCCGUGGAAGCAGAAGAAAAUUAAGAAUCCUAACUACAAGGGCAAAUGGAAGGCGCCAUUGAUCGACAACCCAGAUUUCAAGGAUGAUCCCUACAUCUAUGCUUUCUCGAACUUGAAGUACAUUGGCAUCGAGUUGUGGCAGGUUAAAUCUGGAACCUUGUUUGAUAACUUUUUGAUCACCGACGACCCUGAGUAUGCUAAGAAGUUUGCUGAGGAGACAUGGGGCAAGCACAAGGAUGCCGAGAAGGCUGCGUUUGAUGAGGCCGAGAAGAAGAAAGACGAGGAGCAGGAAUCGAAGGAUGCGGACUCUGAUGUGGACGAUGAUGAGGAUGAUGAUGAUGAUGCGGAUGGUGCCGAUUCCGACUCUAAAUUCGAUGCGCAGGCUUCUUUAGAAGAUGAGGUCGAGGCGACUCCUCAUGACGAGCUUUAGACGAGCAGGACGGUGAAAAGCAAAAGCCCCGUGCCCAGCUCUCGCCCUAUCCGAUCGCGGUUCGCUUUUACCGUUAUUUUAUUAGUUGGUCUUAGUAGUUAGAAAGAGGGAUUGAUGAUUUUUCACUAGUGAUCUCUUUGUUGAGAAAACCAAAAAGAAACAAAGGGAACAGUUGAGGGAUUCCAUACAAACAUGGCUGUUUUUUUAAAAAAAAUUUUCUUUGUUUCUUUGCUUGUGUCUUUGAACUCGAAUUUUUAGUUCACUUUUAUAUUUCUCCUU